GGAAAGAGCAUGGGUGAGGGGCUGCCAUGCUGUGAUAAAACUCCUGCAUUUAAAUCUUUGUACAGUACAGGAUGAUUUUGUGAUACGGUUCUACAAAUCUCUGCCCCUUUCCCAGAAGAGCCAGAAAUGACCAAGUCCCUGGGAUCAGUGUCUUUCAAAGAUAUAUCUGUAGACUUCAGCAGGGAGGAGUGGCAACAAUUGGACCUUGCUCAGAAAAGUCUAUACAGGGAUGUAAUGCUGGAAAACUAUUUCAACUUGAUCUCAGUGGGGUGUCAAGUUCCCAAAGCAGAAGUCAUUUUCAACUUGGAGUGGGGAGAAGAACCAUUUAUGUGGAAUGGCAAAAUCUCAAGCCAGAGCUGUCUAGAUCAGCAUAUUGGUUUUGAAACAUCAAAACAGGGAAUAUCUGAAGAUGUUUCAGUCUGGUUUGAGGGAAUUUGUCUCUUCCCAAGAGAUGAUCUAUAUUCCAUUUUAGAAGAAUUUUGGCAAGAUGAUAAACAGACAGGAAGAGAUAAGGAAAACCAGAACAAACAUUUAAGUCCUAUCAUCUUCACCAACAAGGAUACACUAGCUAAUAAGGGGAACUGUGACUAUAAUAAAGACAUUGGGAAAAAAUUUCAUGUAAACACAAACCUUGUUCCUUCAAGAAAAAGACUCCAUAGCUAUGACUCAUUUCAAAAGAGUUUGAAGCCUAUUGUAAGCUUAUGUAAUAGAAACAAUGCAACAGAAAAUUUUGAUAAGGUUAUUGGAUAUGGUAAUACUUUUACUCGUAUGAAUUCUCAUACAGAAAUGAAUGCUUGUGAAUAUAAUCAAUGUAAGAAACUUCUGAGUAAGCAAGCUCUCAUUCAGCAUCAAAAACAUCAUAGUAGGGAGGACUUCCAUUUAUUUUCUGAUUGUGUAAAACUCUCUACCCGUAAGACACACCUUUUUGCACAUCAAAGGAUUUAUACUGAAGAGAAACAUCAUGAGUGCACCAAAUGUGACAUGAUCUUCACUCAGAAGUCCCAAUUUGCUGUGCCUCAGGUUUAUACAAGAGAAAAAUCCUAUGUAAGCACUGAAUAUGGGAAGAAAUUUUCCCUCAACUCAAACCAUGAGAAAACUCAUACUGAGGAGACUGACUAUAAAUGCAGUGCACAUGGAAAAGCCUUUUUCAAGAAGUUAGAUCUGUUCAGACUCCAGAGAAUUCCUACUGGAGGAAAAAACCCCUAUGAUUACAGUGAAUGUGGAAAAAAUGUCUCUCGCAAUUCAAAUCUCAGUAUACACAAAAAAGCUCAUACUGGCAAGAAACACUUUGAAUGUAUUGAGUGUGGAAAAUCUUUCACAAGAAAGUCAACACUAAGUAUGCAUCAGAAAAUUCACACAGGAGAAAAACCACAUGUAUGUACUGAAUGUGGGAAAGCCUUUAUCCGAAAGUCACAUUUUAUUACACAUGAGAGAAUUCAUACUGGAGAGAAACCUUAUGAAUGCAAUGACUGUGGGAAGUCCUUUAUAAAGAAGUCACAACUCCAUGUGCAUCAGCGAAUUCACACAGGGGAGAAUCCCUUCAUAUGUUCAGAAUGUGGGAAAAUCUUCACUCACAGGACAAAUCUCAUUAUACACCAGAAAAUUCAUACUGGUGAGAGACCCUAUGUAUGUACUGAAUGUGGGAAGGCCUUUACUGACAGGUCAAAUCUCAUUAAACAUCAAAAAAUUCAUACUGGAGAGAAACCCUAUAAAUGCAGUGACUGUGGGAAAUCAUUCACCUGGAAGUCACGGCUCAGGAUACAUCAGAAAUGUCACACUGGAGAGAGACAUUAUGAAUGCAAUGAAUGUGGGAAAGCAUUUAUUCAGAAGUCAACACUGAGUAUGCACCAGAGAAUUCAUAAAGGAGAAAAGCCCUAUGUUUGCACUGAAUGUGGGAAGGCCUUCUUCCACAAGUCACAUUUUAUUACACAUGAGAGAAUUCAUACUGGAGAGAAACCUUACGAAUGCAGUGACUGUGGGAAAUCUUUCACAAAGAAGUCACAACUUCAUGUACAUCAGCAAAUUCACACAGGAGAGAAACCCUACAGAUGUGCUGAAUGUGGAAAGGCUUUCACGGACAGAUCAAAUCUCUUUACACACCAGAAAAUUCAUACUGGCGAGAAACCCUAUAAAUGUGAUGACUGUGGAAAAGCCUUCACUCGAAAGUCAGGCCUGCAUAUACAUCAACAGUCUCAUACUGGAGAAAGACAUUAUGAGUGUAGUGAAUGUGGGAAAGCCUUUGCACGAAAAUCAACACUCAUUAUGCAUCAGAGAAUCCAUACAGGAGAGAAACCUUAUAUUUGUACUGAAUGUGGGAAGUCGUUCAUCCAGAAGUCACAUUUAAAUCGACAUAGGAGAAUUCAUACUGGAGAAAAACCCUAUAAAUGCAGUGACUGUGGGAAGGCUUUUAUUAAGAAGUCACAACUCCUUGAACAUCACCGAAUUCACACAGGAGAGAAACCUUAUAUGUGUACUGAAUGUGGAAAGGCCUUCUCCAUCAGAUCAAAUCUUAUUAAACACCAGAAAAUUCAUACUAAACAGAAACCUUAUAAAUCUAGUGACUUUAGGAAAGACUUUAACUGGAAAGCACAAUUCAGUGUACAUCAGAAAUCUAAUACUGAGGAAGUAGAAUGCCCAGUGCCACAAUCAUGGGUUUCGUCACAAGGAAAACUGAUCCGCUAUCCUCAAGAGGUGGCACAGAAAACAGGUUCACCCUCCAUGGGGCUCCUGGAGACUUCUCAGGUGGGCUACCUGGUAUUCAUUCUAAUUUACCAGGACAAGCAUGGCGGGAAGGUAGCAGGUUUACCUGGAAAACUGAUUACAGGGCACAUGGGUCAGACAAAAGGCCAAAGGGCAGCAGACCCCUCCAACCAGCCUCCAGCUCCGUCCAGUCAGGACCAUCUGAUGACCCAGUACAGGAGGGUCUCUCAACGAGGCUACACACCCAGAAGACGUCUUUCUACCCGAACCUCCAAACCGCUUUUCUGCCACAAAACGAAACAGCACAGGAGGUCAGGGUGUCCGGUGGGGACCUGGGGGGCGGCUCUGGAGCAGAAGGACCCGAGGCUCAGGCUGGGCCUCUCGAUCCCCCUGAGGGGCCAAGUCUUUUGGCCAAUGUCCCCUGUACUCCCUCCUUCUCGGACCGCUUCCCAAUUCAUCACCAAAUUCGUCACCAAGUUGGUUCUGUUCAACGCAAAACAAACAGGUGAAGCACGGAGAGCGGCUCCUCACAGAGAGAGGACAAGAGGGUAUGAAAAUCUUUACAGACGCCUCAGCAAAGUCCAAGGACUGACGGGAAAGAGGCGAUGGACGACUGACCUGGCCUGCGUGGACGUGGGGACGCAGGGCACGGAGGGCAUGGACGUGGGGACGUGGAGUGAAGGAAACGCGGGGGGCGUGGUGAACCAGGGGAGCAUAGGCAGCUGGGGGAGGGCUGGAAUCUUGACCAUGAAAAUGUACCUAGCGGUUCUUGUGCACAGGUACUACUAG